CACAGAACCACCACCAAACCAAUGAGAGAGAGAGAGAGAGCCAUUACGUGGUCGCUUCACCUGCUAGAAAAAGCAGCCACAUUUCCCUCCAAUCGCACUUCCUAGCACCUUCGAAAACUGACGGGAUGCUCACGGCUGGAACGCCUGUGGUCGUAGGUCUGCUCGGUCACGGCUGACCUGCAGCUAAACAAGCACAAACACGGACACGAAACCACAACAUAAUUUUGCCACCACCUCGUCCACUUGCACGCACUCACACACACACCCUACACUAUAACUAAAGUAUACCCCACCACCUUUCACACACAUCUGUAUUGCACCACCACACUGUACCAUACAACAAUGCCACACAUCCACUCCACGCCCUCCACAACAGACCACCACGCCAUACACCAAACCAGACUAAACCACACCACAAUCAACCAUUUUUCACCGCCAGACACUCGCCAUACUAAUGCAUCUUAUACACACUUCACACACACUGACACGUACACCCCACAGCACUUAAGAAACUACAUACCCUAACCUCUCUUCCUUCACACUCAUCCUUACAUACAUAUGCAUACACACACACGCACACCUACCAUCACUGCCUCACAUUAUACACACGCACACAGAUACAUAUAUAUAUGCACACAUACAACCACCAGUCUCUCCACACACAUACAUAUAUAGAACCACCACACACUAUCUCUCUGUCUCUACUCAAAUACACACACACACAUCAACCACUACACACCACGCUCUCCUACCUCUAACCCUCCUAUUCUCUCGACACACAAACACCAGGUUUUCACCUCACUGCCACACCGCCAUACUCUUCCCUCCUACACACACACACAAAUAUACGUAUACACACCAUACUAAUCCCUUACCUCAAUCUAUACACACACACACACACGCACAUACACAUACACACACAGAGAUCACAUACUCAUAUUACCCAGUCCCCUCUCUACUCCACACACACACACACACUAUCAACCAACCGCUCAACUCCUCCUCCCCGUUCUGAACACACAAAUCUCACCACCACCUUGCUUCACAUACCACCACCACCGACACCAUACUCCAAACACACCACCUCACUCACAUACUAAGUCCCUUACAAACGCACCAACACUAAACAUACCAUAGCCCCACCUCAUAUAUAUAUAUACACACACACACACAUACAGCACCGGGUUCACCACCACCACUACCACCACCAACACACAAACCUACCAGCCCUACCUCUAUAUACACCACGGUUUCACCACCGUGCUAAACAUACCAACCUCCACUUCUCCUGUUAUACACCACUGUUUCACCACCACAGAAGCGCACCAGCCCCACCUUCCCGUCCACACUACAGUUUCACCACCUUACUAAAUAUACCGGCUCCCCCGCCCCACGCACACUUUCAUAUACACACCACUGGCUCGCCGCCGCCGCCACCACCUCCACAUAAACCAUACCAACCCCCCUACCUUUAUAUACAGACCACGGUUUCACCACCAUGCUAUACAUGCCAGCCCCUCUCUAUCAACACACCAUAGUCUCACAGCCACACUAAACAUACCAACCCCUUCGCGCUCUCACAUACACACACACACACACAAACCAUAGUUCCAACACCACCACCACCUCCUCCGCCAGCAUACUAUACGCAUAGUCCCCAGCAAGCUCACACAUACACCACUCUCACCUCCUCUCUACACAAGGCCAGCCCUUCCAUACAAACAACACACACACACACACACACACUAGCACACCAUACAUAUCAGUCCCCUGCAAACAACACCACCACCACCACCACCACAACCAUUAUCAUCACCACCGCCACCGCCGUCUCACUCUCACCACCUCACCAUAUUCAGACCGUCUCCAGAGAACCGUCUGAUCCACGCAGUAGGUGGUUCUGAGCAAGAUGCCGACUCGGUCCUGGUCUCCAGUCCAAUAUGAUGACACUUGGUCAGUGAUGAAACAGUAGCGAGGUUCUCCAGACUGGACUUGAACUCCUGGACAUUUGAUCAGUUCCACACACACAAACACGUAUACAUAUAUGUACAGCAAUCUGCUUGUGUACCUGUUGGCCCAGCUGUCUAAUUAAUUGACUCUUCUUCGUUUCUUUAUAACAUAAACGAGUAAACUCAACAAGACUCAAACAGGGAGCUCUUCACUCAUACUCAUACUCCACUCAUUUCUCAUCCAUACUCAUCUCAUGUACAUGUUGAUAAUGGAUCCCUGUUUCUCAAAGACAUGUACUUCCUUGUAAAUAACACUGCAUGCCUCUCCAUUUUGUUUUUAAUCAAUUUAAAUUGCAGAGUUCUCUCCCUUGCCUGUCAUGACAAGAACUGUCACUAAUGCUAAUAACUCUUCUUAUCAUCACAGGUGUAGUUUCAAUUGAUUAGAAGAGAAAAAAAAAUCACUUUUCUGACCCAGAACAUUUAAAUUAAUAUGUUGGCUUCUGCUACUUAACUAACAAUGAUUUAUAGUUGUAUGUUGACCUGAGGUCAGUAGAGAUCGCUAAAACUGGAGAAUCAUUGGCCAAACUGACUUAGAUAUGGACGUUUCAGACUUUACAUAAGAGAAAGAAGAAAGACUGAUUUUUUUUUUCAAAAAACCCAAACAAAACCCAACUCUCUCUUUCCCCUUCCUCUCUCUCUCCCUUACCAAAAUACUUGAUGUUGUUGUUAUUGUUGUGUUUGUGAGGUAAAAAAAGGACCAGGAGACACAUAUAUAUAUAUAUUAAGGGUUGGGUGAAAGGCUGAGGAAGGAAGACACCUUAAGUUUGCAAAACAAAGAUGGAGAAGACUUCAUCUGAUAAAUCCGGUAAAAACCUGGUCUCCAACACCAGCGAGCGGAAUCACCCUCAUAGCAUUUGUUCGGCAAGCAGCAGCAAUGGUACCAGCUGUGCGAAUAGUCCGAGCCAUGUCACAGCCGCCAUCAACAUGCACUCAAAGCAGUUCAUGCAACAUUAUCCAUGGCAGGCUCAACGCUUCCCUCACGUCCCCGACAAGUCGUGGUGCAGUGAGAUAUACAGCAACCAGUUUGCUCAGCGUUGUUACUUACAGUCUCAUGGUAUUUUCCCAGCGGCUGGCACCGCUGCUGCGGGCAGCUGCUCCGACAAGGCUUUCCACUGCGCCGCCAGCUACAUGAACCAGUUCACGCAGCGGUGUUUCCUGCAGACGCACGACCGGCUGCAGAACUUUGAUAAACAGGCGAUAGACGUUAACGACUACAUGAAGCACUUGCAUGGGGGUGCAUACCAGCCGAAGCAUUGCCAGGCUGCUAACAACAAUAGCAUAGUGAGUAGUGGUUGUAGUGGUGGGGGUAGUUGUAGUGUCGGGGGUGGCGGCAGCUGUAGCAUUGGGGGUGGUGGGGGUGGGGGUGGAGGUAGUUGUGGUGUUGGUAGUGGUAGUAGUAGCUGCAGUGUUAACCUGACCAGUAACAACAGCAGCUGCGGCAACACCAACCAUCGCAAUAGCAUAUCCACCACCAGCAACAACAACAACAACAACAACAACACUAACAGCAACAAUAACAAUAACAACAACAACAAUAACAACACCAGCAAUAACAGCAACACGUCUGUUUAUCCUAAGCAAGUAGCACAGGUGCAGCACGCUGUGAAGACCCAGCCCCCCUCUUCGCCAAACACAAAGGUGCCCCUUCAGCAGCCCCACCACAUGCUCCUUCUGCAGCCCCCUCCACCCAUCGAGAAGCCCUUCCACUGUGACCUUUGUCCAAAGCAGUUUGCACGUAGGAAUACUUUGCAGAUGCACAAACGCAUUCACACAGGUGAGAAGCUGUUCCACUGCAGCUACUGCGACAAGCGAUUCGUGCACCGAGAUAAACUUCAGAUACAUGAGCGGACUCACACGGGGGAGAAACCGUUUCACUGCACUUACUGCACGAAACAGUUUUCUCGUAAGGACAAAUUAAAGAUUCACGAGUGCUCUCACACGGGAUUAAAACCUUAUCACUGCAGCUACUGCGACAAACGGUUUGUCCAAAGAGAAAAACUAAAGAUCCACACGAGAAUCCAUACGGGGGAACGUCCGUAUUCGUGUGACAUUUGUUUCAAGCAAUUUGCGCGCGGUGAUAAGCUUCAAAUUCAUCGUAGAACUCACACAGGAGAGAAACCAUUCCACUGUGAAUACUGUCCGAAGAACUUUGUCCAGCGUGAUAACCUGGUUAUACACAGACGGACCCAUACUGGGGAGAAACCAUUCUCUUGCGAAGUAUGUUCCAAGCGAUUUGCUCGCGGUGAUAAGUUGCAAAUCCAUCGCAGAACACAUACGGGUGAGAAACCGUUCCAUUGUGAAUACUGUCCGAAGACUUUUGCUCAAAGAGAUAAUUUAGUCAUACAUAGACGUACCCAUACGGGGGAGAAGCCCUUCUCCUGUGAAUUCUGUCCCAAGCAGUUCUCUCGGAGCGACAAGCUCCAGUUGCAUCGUAGGACCCACACGGGGGAGAAAUUGUUCCAUUGUAAGUAUUGUUCAAAGCAGUUUGUCCAAAGGGACAAACUUCAGAUCCAUGAACGAACUCACACGGGCGAGAAGCCGUUCCACUGUGAGAUUUGUUCAAAGAAGUUUGCUCGUAAAGACAGGCUGCAGAUCCACAAGAAGACGCACACGGGUGAAAAGCCGUUCCACUGCGACCUUUGCCCGAAGCAGUUUGCGCAGCGAGACAACCUGAAGAUUCACCGGAGGAUUCACACGGGCGAGAAGCCGUUCCACUGCGAAAUCUGUUCGCGGCAGUUUGCCAGGAAGGACAAACUGCAGAUCCACCGGAAGACUCACAUGAUCGAGAAGGUUGCGUUCAACUGCGACAUAUGCCACAAACAGUUCGAAUCGAAGGAGAUGCUGAUGAGUCACCAGCAAUUAAACCAUGCUCCGCCACCGCCUCCGCCGCCGCCACCACCACCUCCGCCGCCCCUCACCAAUAACGACACCUCACAUUUAUGCUGCCAGGUUUGCAACCGGGAAUUUGCAACUGUCGAGAAGUUACAAAAUCACGAAAAGACACAUAAACCAGUGAGGAAUAAUUUCCUGAAACCCACAUCGUGUAAGAAUAUCAAGGAAUACACCCCAAUGAGUACAUUGCUGUGGCAAUCUAUCUACCCUUAAUUUUGAGAAUACAUUGGGUUUGUUACAGAUUAAUUUAGUACCUUAACACCGGGCAUUGUUCUACUUGCCUGCUUCAUGGAAAAAAGAAAAGAAAAAAUAUGUAUUGGCUACGAUUCUAACGAGUAAUUAGGAUCCAGCUGUUAAAUGUAUGCUUGAAAAAAAAAAUACUUGCAGAUGUCUGCAUUUACAGAACUAUCCAACCCAUGCUAGCUAGUAUGGAUAAUCAAGAGGAUGAAAUCAUGUGGAAUGUCUAAAAAUAAUGGUCAAACAUCCACAACAUAAAUCAAGAGAUUAAUUAUAAAUUUACAGUGGAGCAAGUACAUCGUUAAUUAAUUGAUAAGGGAGAUCCAACUGCUUAAUUAAUCACUUGCUCUGAAAAUGUUGAGAAAAAUUUGAAUCUGCCCUACCUGUCUAAUAGGGUACAUCUAUGCAGUUCAUCAGCCUGUUAAAAUAACAGCCAAAUUCCCUCACAUACACUUUAAAAAAAAAAGGGACACAAUGGGUAGUGUGAUCCUUAAAUACACAAAAGAAUGGGGUUGCACCAGCUGGAACUCCUUUGAUCAUAUGUCUGCUGGAUCAGAAUUGAUUUGGGGCUAAUGAAUAAGUGAAAUAAUAAUAAUAAUAGCCACAUCAUAUCUGCUGGACAGAAAAGACAUAAAUAUGAAAUAAGUGUUUAGCAAAUAUGCAAAGAGCUCAACACAGAAAGAGGAAAAGUUUUAACAUGGCAAGUGAGUGAAGCGGAAGAGAAUCUUCAUGAUAAAUGGUCGAUGAGAGGAAAGAGAAGACAGUUGCUAUGGUAUGUCGAUGGCAGAGACACUGAAAAUAAAGAUGGUCAAAAGAACAGAAUCAAAUGAUGACAAUCAAAAGUGUUUCAGGUGUCGGACUAUUUUAGAGUUGAAGUAAUGAAUAGGCAUUUUUGGUGGUGUGAACUGUUAAAACAAUUAAGCUGUUUACUGACCAUUGAAUAUAUUAUGCAGAAGCAAAGAGUCGAACACUUGUAUAUCUCCAGGUGAAGUUUUUGUAGACAUCUGUGAGAAUAUUUCAGUAGAACAAGGUCUUAGCUUCUUACUCGUCGGAGUGACUCAUGUGGAUGUUUUAAACAAUAACUGAAGAAAACACAAACAAUGGCACAAGACCAGGCUUUUGCCCAAAGAUUCAUUAUAAAUAAAGAAAAUACAAGGAAGAAAUGCCACGAGAUCUGGCCUUACCUACAAGAUUCAUUAUGAUCCAUUAUGAAAAAAGAACAAUUUUUAAAAUUAAAACCACCAAAAGCACAAAGUGCAGGCUGUGUUCUGAGGGUGAAACAGUUAACAAUAUCAUUGCUGAAUGUCCGGUCUUGACAUUAAUGGUAUUCAAGCCGACCGAGGAUGUUUAUUGGACAACAUGCAAGAGAAAUUCAUGGGAAAUGUUUCUGCCACAUCCUGACAGCAGAGAACACCUUCAGCCAAAGAUCUUGUAAGGUCUUAUUAACAUUGGUGGAGAUAUUAAUGACAACAGACCAGACAUUGUUAUUAUCUAUGAUUGGAACUAAUUAAAUCUAUCAAUUAAUAAUUGAUAUUGGAACCUUAAAACGAAGUAGACAUUUUGGGGAGUUCAAGGACUUGCUACAGGGAUUUUGAAAAUGUGAAGAACAAAUCUGAAAUAAUUUCAUACAUUUUAAAAGUUGCAAGUGUAAAGAAUCUACUUGAAAAGUGUACAACUUGGAAAUUUUUCUACCAGGCAUGGCUCAUACGACAUGUGAAGUAUUGGAUGUAACCAAGAUGGUGAUGAGUAGUUGAAAAAAGUUUUGUUACACCUUUUUUGGUAGCAACCUGCCUGAGAUCAGACCUGGUUCUAUGAUACAAACUUUCUCAUUUAAAGUGAUCUAAAUUGGAAUCUUCCAUCAAAAUUCCUCGUUAAUUUGUUCCAAACACCAACUGAAUAACGACAGUCGUUUUACUAAAUUCUUCGUUAUUUUCAUAAUUAAUUGACACAAACAGUGUAUUUCAACAGAAAUAUGGCAACAAAAGGGUCAAACCUUCAGCGUUUAAACCAGCCAUGCCAGGUCUGACCUCUCAUACCUAUUCUACAGUGUCGUUCUAAAAAUAAGGAAUUACAGCAUCAAAAUCUCAAAGCAACAACAUAAUGCAUCACUGAUUCAAAACAAUGUGAAUAAAUAAGCAUCGCAUGUGACGGAAGAACCUGGAUGCUACAGGGCUAGACUUGGUGUCUAACCCCAAAACCUGUCUAGGGUUAAUGCUAUGUAUAUUAUUGGUAAACUGCAAAAGAAGGAAGAAGUAAAAAAAAAAAAAAAACAGUAAUAACCUGAUGCUGGAAACCUGCAUAAGAUUGAAG